AUGAAAGAGCUGGCACCUGAGGAGGCAAAUGGAGCUACUGACCCAGGACCACCUAGAGGAAUACCCAAAAGGAUGAGCGUGAAACCUGGGCGGGACCCAUCAUUUGGUGCUUUCAUUGCUUCCAUGGCUUCCACAACCCGCACUAAAUCGUUGGAAGAUCGCGUGGAAAAGCAGGAACAACAGCUGGAUCAAAUCCACUCCGAUUUGGAUUUGAAGUUCUCGGCGUUGUCCUCCAGUCUCGAAUCUCUCUGCAGUCAAUUUCAGACCUGGUCUUCGUCCUUUACAACCAUGCAAUCAGAGUGGGAACAAUCUCGUCGACAAUCGACGGUGGUUUCGUUUCCUGCUCGUGACCGUGCGGAACCCUCCGAGGGCGCUCCAGGUAACUUUGGCAUCAAUUUGAAACCCAUUCGUAUCGAUGUGCCCAGAUUUGAUGGCUCUGAUGUCUAUGGAUGGACUUUUAAAAUUCAGCAAUACUAUGAUUAUCAUAAUGCUUCUGAGGAACAACGUUUGCCUAUUGUACCCUUUUACUUUGAUGGCAAGGCUUUAUCCUGGUACCAAUGGAUGUAUAAGAAAAAUCAGAUAACAGGAUGGUCAGUGCUAUUGCAAGCAUUGGAGGUCCGAUUUGGUCCUUCUGAAUUAGAGGACUAUCAAGGCCAACUUGCUAAACUAUACCAAACUGGGUCGGUGCUUGAAUAUCAAGAAGCUUUUGAAGACUUCUCCAAUCGCGUCCAGAACGUUCCGGACUCCUUCUUAUUGAGUUGUUUCAUUUCUGGUCUUCGCACAGACAUUCAGCACGAGGUGGCGGCCUUUCAACCUACCACCCUUUCCAAGGCUUAUUCUCUUGCUAAGCUUCAGGAAUCCAAGUUGCUGCUUAAACAGCGCCCGGCGAAACUAUACUCCCCCUUACCCCCCUACUACCUACACCAACCAAACCACCAGUCUUCCCUACAUCCACGCUGUCCUCACCUAAACCAACCUCCGCCCUGCCCUCUCCCAAACUUCCCACAUUCAACCCUCAACCCAAGAAGACAGUCCUCCGCCUUACCCACAGCCAAAUGCAAGAGCGUCGCACGUCGCAACAAAUGUCUCUGCUAUUAUUGUGAUGAACAAUAUACCUUCGGCCACAAUUGUCGUCGAUCGGUUCAUAUUCUAGUAACACCGGAUGAUACGGAGAAUUUUUCUAACGGAGACGAGGAACCUCCACCUGCUGAACCACCUAUUGACAUGCCUGAUACAGGGUCUGAGACACCUCACAUUAGCCUCCAUGCUAUGUCCGGAAUCAUGACCCCCAAGACUUUGCGCUUCUCUGGCCUUAUUGGGAACCAACCUCUCCAGAUUUUGGUGGAUGGUGGUAGCACCCACAAUUUCAUCCAAUCCCGGGUGGUGUCUCACUUAAACCUUCCGAUUUCAACUGCUAAGCGCUUUGAUGUAAUGGUGGGAAAUGGCGAGAUGCUUCGGUGUGAAGGUUUUUGCUCUGCCGUACCAGUUAAAAUUCAGCAACAUGUUUUUCUAGUUGACUUUUACGUUUUACCCGUGCAAGGAGGGUCGCCACAUUUACAGGGUGAACAAGCUUGGCAACCGACGCCUGUCUCCCUCCACCAUUUGCGCAAGCUCCAAGCUCGCAAUAGUGUCGCUUCCUUCUACCACUUGUUGCUUAUACCAUCGGAGUCCCCACAACUUGGCAGCGAUGAUCAUCCUCUACUGGCCCCUACGUUGCGUGACUUUGCCGAUGUCUUUCAGGAGCCCACCGGCCUUCCCCCACACCGCCAACUUGACCACCAUAUUCCAUUACAGCCUAAUGCUCCUCCUGUCAAGGUCCGGCCGUAUCGUUACCCCCAUUUUCAGAAAGGGGAGAUCGAAUGCCUUGUCAACGAAAUGUUGGCUGCUGGCAUUAUCCAACCAAGCACUAGUCCCUUCUCCUCGCCGGUUCUUUUGGUCAAAAAGAAAGACGGGACAUGGCGUUUUUGUGUUGAUUAUCGUGCUCUCAAUAGUAUCACCAUCAAGGAUUCUUUCCCAAUUCCAACGGCUGACGAGUUAAUGGAUGAGCUCCACGGUGUAGAGAUUUUUUCCAAACUGGAUCUUCGGGCAGGAUAUCAUUAGAUUCGCGU